AUGAACGGAAGCACUGAAGGGAGAAUGGACACGGAAGUGCCUGUUUGCAAGUUCCCAAUCCUGCGCGACGAUGGAGACGAUAUUGAGGUUUCGCCCACGGUCAAACGGAUCGCCAUCGAUGUGCAAUCCCAGAGCCAGUUUCAAGACCUACUCUUCAACGAACGGAUUUCGAUGCAGACCUUGCUUCAGGCGACUUGGGCAAUCGUCUUGAAGACAUUUACAGGCGAUGAAAGCAUUUGCGCGGUGUCGCUGCAUCAGAAGGAGGGAGCGCUGCAAUGUAAUCUUUUCACCACGGAAGUUGACGAUGAGCUGCCCUUCACGCAUCUGGCAGAGAGGAUUCAAAUCAGUACUGAGCAUAUUGGAGCAAGCGGUUCCGAGUCUGAACUUCCAUGCGACUCCGGUAUUUGUAUGAUCAAAUCGAAUGAGAAAUUUGACGGCUUAAACCAUCUAGACAAGUUCAAUGUUGUGUUGCUUGUCCUGGACAGAGAGGAACUAGUGCACCUGGACUUAUUGUACAAGUCCGACCAUUUGGGUGCGGCAUAUGCGUCGAUUGUGGCUGCAACUGUUAAACAGAUAAUUAGGGAGGUGCGAACUAAUCCUUCAUUCGCGCUACGCGAGAUGAACCUGCUCCAUCCUCAGGUGCAAGAGCAAAUGCAGUCAUGGAGCAGCGUUCCACCGUCCGUGGACGAGUGCGUUGGCUCUAUGUUUAAGCGAACAGUGUAUGAGCGAGCACUGAACACGGCGGUGGACACCUCUGAGCUGACGCUGAACUAUCGCGAACUCGAUAUUCUGAGUGGGAAACUUGCUGCUCAUCUGCAAGGGAAGGGUGUAAAGUCCGAGUCUAUUGUCGUGUUGUGCUUCCCCAAGUCCGCAUGGGCAGUUGUCGCGAUGCUGGCGGUGAUCCGAGCUGGAGGUACCAUUUUGUUCCUGGAUCCGUCGCACCCUACGGCGCGCCAUCAGGAGAUUGGGAGCCAAGUAGACAACAAAUUGAUAUUGACGAUUGAGGAAUACUCCGGACUGUGGAAGUGGUUUGACGGCGAGGUGCUGCAGAUUGACCAAGCGUUUGUGGACUCACUGCCCUCGGUAACAGAGGAAAUUCGAGUCGCUGUCGCUCCUUCAAAUGCGCUUUACAUAAUUUUCACCUCCGGUAGCACAGGCAAACCAAAGGGCUGCGUUGUGGAACAUCGUCAGUUCCUCACAGGGGCUCUGGCCCAGCAAAAGGCGUCCCAGAUGACGCAUGCUGAUCGAGUCCUACAACUUGCCUCGUUCACAUUCGACGUCAGUAUUCUCGAAAUUAUCACUUCCUUGAUAACCGGUGCUUGCGUGUGCAUUCCCAAUGACUCGGAGCGGGCCAGAGGACCUGCAGCAUGUAUUCAGCAAUUUGGCAUAACAUGGGCUUUUCUGACACCGUCGCUCGUGAACCUUAUGAGCCCAGAGAUGGUCCCAUCAUUGAAGUUCCUAGUUCUUGGGGGAGAGGUCGUGCAGAAGGAAAAUAUUCUGACGUGGGCGUCUCAUCUUCGACUCGCCAAUGGAUAUGGGCCAAGUGAGUGUUCGAUUGCAGCGACAGGAAACCCUCAACUAUCUCUUACGACGAGUCCCGCGAACAUCGGCCAUCCACUAGGCGGGUGUUGCUGGAUCGUCAGCAAGGACGACCACGACCGGCUCAUGCCCAUUGGGGCUCCUGGCGAACUAGUGAUUCAGGGUCCCAUUGUCGCCAGAGGUUACUUGAACGAACCGGAGAAAACACAGGCUGUCUUUCUGCAAUCAACAAAAUGGACUGGCGGCGAUCUUACAGACACCUCACGACUGUACAAAACCGGAGAUAUCGCUCGCUUUAAUGCGGAUGGCAGUUUGCAUUUCAUUGGACGCAAGGACAACCAGGUUAAACUGCGCGGCCUCCGAAUUGAACUGGGAGAGAUUGAAAACCGGCUGGUCGCUCACCCGCUAGUGGAACAGGCAGUUGUGGUUUUGGCUAAGCAGGGACCCUGCAAAGCGAAGCUGACGGCCGUACUUUCAUUAAAGCAUUUCCGCACGGAAGGGGAUUUUGUUGAGUUAGUGGAGAGAGAGGACUUCGAGGCCGCAACGACAGAGUUGAAGGUUGUUGAAGAGGCCCUCUCAAAACAACUUCCUCGUUACAUGCAGCCAACCGUCUGGGCUCCUGUAAAAUGCGUACCGUUGACGGUCUCCGGGAAGCAGGACAGAAAGAUGGCGGACCGGUGGGUAGCAGCGCUAUCCUCCGAGCAGUUCAACCUACUCACCGGGCGGCACGAAGAAAUCCACGAAGAUGAUGCCCCAGUUUUGACAGAGAAACAACGGGAGCUCCAAAUUCUCUGCAGCGCGAUUCUGGGCUUCCUCAGUGCCGCAGAAGUCCGGAUGGAUAGAUCUUUUAUCCAGAACGGCGGAGACUCCAUCCAGGCCAUGCAGCUGUUAGACCGAUUGCGUCGAAAGGGGUUGAGUGUCAGGAUUGAAGAUAUUUUCCAGAGUCCGACGUUGAGUGACCUGGCGCUGCGAUUGAUUGAGAGCGAGGGAACUCAGCUGCCCGCAGAAGGACCAGCGAUCGCGCUUGACGCCGAGAGAAUCUCGGAGCUGGGAUUCGACACCGAGGAAGUGGAAGACCUAUACCCAAUAUCAGCUGUACAGCGAGGCAUUCUCCUCACUCAGCAACAAGCGCCUGAACAGUAUCAACUGCGGAUCACCUGUGAGGUUGUUCGUGUCCGAGGGGAAGAAGAAGUCGAGAUUGACCGGCUCCGGAUGGCUUGGCAGCACGUGACCGCCCGCCAUCCUGCACUGCGCUCCAUCUUUGUUGACUCUGCCACCGACAACGGCCUCUGUGAUCAACUGGUCCUGAAAUAUGGCCAGGGAACAUUCCACACCUCGGACUAUCCUGACGAGGAGGCUGUUUGGAGGGCGUUGGACACUUUCAGUCGCGAUGACGCCCUUCGUCAACCGCCAGUCGCGUUCGUUGUCUCCACCGCGGCCAACGGCAAAACAUUCUGCACAAUCGACAUCAGCCACGCCCUCAUCGAUGGCGUCUCCAUUCUAAUCCUGUUCCGAGACCUCAGCCGGGCAUACGCAGACCUGCUGGAUACACAGAAAGCCGUACGCUACAGUCCGUAUAUUCGCUACUUACAAACCACCCCGACCGAGGCGUCUCUAGACUACUGGGCCAGCUAUCUAGAGGCUGCCUCUCCAUGCCAUUUUCCCAUUCUUAACGACGACACGGAAGGCGAGAAUAAGCUACAUGAACUAACGGUUGACUUGGAUGACGCCAAAGCCAUCCAUUCUUUCUGCGAAAGACACAAUGUCACCCCCGCAAUUGUCUUUCAAACCGCCUGGGCCCUCGUGCUCAAGGCGUACACUGGCCAGGAUGACGUCUGCUUUGGCUACCUGACCGCUGGUCGAGAUGUCCCUGUCUCAGACAUUACGGAUGCCGUGGGGGUCUUUAUCAAUAUGAUCACUUACCGAGCUCAAUUCACGGCUGACAGCACCGUUUCGACCGCGGUGAGAAAGACGCAAGAUGAUUUCUUGAAGAGCCUUACCCAUCAGCACUGUUCAAUUGCGGAGAUACAGCAUAGAUUGGGCAUGUCCCGGCCUCUGUUCAAUACGAUCAUGUCCCUUCAAAGCGCUGUAGGGGAGGAGAUAUAUGGUGGGACGGCCGACGAGACGAUCGGUUUCAAGGUUGUUGGCGAGCGGGAUCCAACAGAGUACAACAUUUCAAUCAAUGUACUGGUCUCCAAAGGGCGUAUAGCUCUUACUCUGCGUUAUUUGACCGCCUAUUUGUCCGACAAGAUGGCCGUGAAUGUCUUUGCAACCUACCUCUCUGCUAUUGACAAGCUAACCCGCAGCGACGAUUCUCCAUUAACUAACAUCAAUAUUCUUAGUGAAAACGACCACUCGCAACUUGCGAGCUGGAAUAGCCAGCAAUGGCCGGACAUCGAAGCCUGCGUCCAUGAUCUCGUUUACCAGCAGGUCUUCCAGCGUCCGAACGCACCUGCGAUUGACGCUUGGGAUGGAUCGUUCACGUACCAAGAGUUGGACCGCCUCGCCACGUCCCUGUCCCACAUUCUUAUUACCAAAGGGGUUGGACCGGAAUCGCUUGUUCCCGUUUGUUUUCCCAAGUCACGAUGGACAGUCGUCGCCCAACUCGCUACGCUCAAGGCCGGAGGCGCUUGCGUUGCUUUUGACCCUGAACAUCCCCCAACCCGACGAGAGGAGAUGAUUCGUCAAUGCGACGCCAGGGUUGCAGUGGUGAGCGAAGGCAGCGAACCAUUGUUCCAGAGUCUUGUCCAGCAUGUCGUCGUUCUCAGACCGCAAUCUAUCCAUGAACUGCUGGCUAGCCAGCUUGAGCCAGUCAAGCCAAAUUCCAUUUCACCUAGAAAUCCGGCCUUCGUCGUCUUUACUUCUGGCAGCACCGGAAAGCCCAAGGGUAUCGUGUUGGAACACCACGCAAUUUGCAGCAGCUCCCGUGCCCACGGCCCUGCAAUGAACUACGGCCCCAAUGCUCGUGUUCUGCAGUUUGCUUCGUACACUUUCGACGUGAGCAUCGGGGAAACUUUUACAUGUUUGAUGAGCGGCGGAACCCUGUGCAUUCCAAACGAGGAAGAACGACUUAAUGAUCUUGCAGGAGUCAUCAACCGAUUGAACGCCAACGUCGUGUACCUGACUCCAUCGGUCGCCAGCCUCCUUCAUCCAUCGCAAGUCCCAGGCGUACACACAUUGGCGCUAGGUGGUGAAGCGGUUCGCAAAGAGAAUGUCCUUAUGUGGGCUGAUCAGACAUACCUUGUCAAUAUUUACGGGCCCGCUGAAGCGUCGGUAUGGUCAACCGGUCUGACGCGGGUGCCGCGGUCUGCAUCUCCUCGGAAUAUCGGGUUUGGUCUCGGCGCAAGGAUGUGGAUUACGCAAGCGGACGAUCCCUCUCAGUUGUGUGCUGUUGGCGCCAUUGGUGAGAUUCUCAUUGAAGGGCCCAUUGUGGCACGGGGUUACUUGAAAGAUGAGUCCAAGACAGCUGCCGCUUUUAUAUAUCCUCCAAAAUGGCUGGCCGAGUUCGAUCAGUUGGGUUGGCAGAGGCAGAAUAAGAUGUACCGCACAGGCGACCUCGCGCAUUAUAACUCAGACGGGUCAAUCAAUUUUGUUGGUCGACGGGAUCACCAGGUCAAACUUCACGGUCAACGAGUCGAAAUGGGCGAGGUGGACCACGCCUUGCUGGCUCACAACAAGGUACACAAUGCAUUGGCAUUAGUACCCAAGCAAGGGCCCUUGAGCGGAAAGCUGGUUGCGGUGGUGGCCCUCAAGGACCAACUGUCGGCUGAACCAGGUCCUAUUGCUUUACUCGACAGUGGUAAUCAGAAAGAAAUCCAGCAGGUUCUUUCGGAAAUCCAGCACCAGGUUUCCUUGCUUCUUGCCAGCUAUAUGCUGCCCUCCGCAUGGCUCAUUGUUCAGUCCAUUCCAGUAACGAGGAAUGGCAAGUCGGAUCGCUCCGCUAUCAAUGCUUGGGUCGAAGCUAUGCCGAAAGACGUCGAUAUUUCUCCCACAAGCGGAAAUAGUCAAAUUUGCAACCCCACUGAGGCCCAGCUGCAGCAGGUUAUCAGCCAAGUCCUCAAUAUCCCUGUUGGCCAGGUUGACAUGGAACAAGGCUUUCUGGCGCUUGGGGGAGACUCUAUUACCGCCAUGCAGGUCUCGUCCAGGUCUCGCUCGGUUGGACUCCAACUUGCCGUAAAGCACAUUCUGAAGAGCAAGACCGUCCGUGAAGCUGCUACACAGGCAACUCUCAACACUAAGAAUAGAGCUGCAGCCAGAGACAGCUUCGCGUCAGCUAAUCAGCGAUUCUCCCUUUUAUCGGCUGGCGUUGAAGAAGUGGACGCGUUGGCAGUGAAUAUGGGAUAUGCUGGCGCAGGCGCCGUGGAAGACGCGUAUCCUUGCUCUCCCAUGCAAGAAGGCAUCUUGAUCAGUCAAGCAACGGCACCGGAUACAUACAAGUUUUUUGCCGUCUGCUCUCUGCGUGCGAAGAACCCCGCGGACCCUGUUCGCCUCGACCGUGUCCAGCUAGCGUGGAAGCGUCUUGUUACCAGGCACCCGGCUCUGAGAACGUUCUUCGUCGAGAGUUCCUUGGGAGACGGCCUUUACACCCAGAUUGUACUCAAUGACCAUGAACCGCGGAUUGAGUACACAAUCGACUUGGAGAGUCUCUUCAAGUACCCUCAGGAGCACCCCCUGGAUUAUCGCGAAGGGACGCCGCCCCACCGUCUGACCAUCUGCCAAAGUGAAGAAACGAUUUUCAUCAAUCUAGAAAUCAGUCAUACUUUAAUUGAUGGCGGAUCCAUGGCAGUGAUCCUGAGUGACCUAGCCAAGGCUUAUGAUAGCGAUCUUCCCCCAAGGCCCCUAUAUCGCAACUACAUUGCAGCAUUACAGGCCCGGUCCAUGGAGGAGACCCUGGCAUUCUGGACGUCAUACCUCCGAGAUGUAAAGCCUGUCUUUUUCCCAUCUCUCCUAGACGAGCAUACCACGGCCACAACUGUCAGAGAGCUGCAGGUAUUGAAUGUUCACACUGGGCCAGCUACAAUUUCAGAUCUGCAAACAUUCACAAAGAAGAACGAGGUCACGUUGGCCAACAUCUUUCAAACUGUGUGGGCAAUGGUCCUUCGCUCCUACACCGGGGAGUCGGAUAUCGUUUUUGGUUAUCUUUCCUCCGGCCGCGACAUCGACGGAGUGGACCUCGAUUUGGACCAUGCGGUGGGUACCUUCAUUACAAUGUUGGCUUGCCGGGCACAGAUUGACGAUUCUUUCACCCUGCUUGACAUAACUCGGAAAAUGCACGAAGACUUUGUCAAUUCGCUUCCCCACCAGCAAACAUCCCUAGCGCAAGUCCAGCACGCCUUGGGGCACUCCGGCGAAAGAGGUCUCUUCAAUAGCAUCCUGUCCUUGCAAAGACCAAUGGUCGAAUCCACUGACAAUCACAGCAUUGAGAUCGAGUACCUGGGUGGUAGUGACCCUACCGAGUACGAUAUUGGGAUCAGUGUUACAGUCAGUGACACGUCCAUCGACGUAGCAAUUAACUACUGGAAUACGUUCAUGGACAAGGCACAGGCCGACAUGCUAGCUUCAACCUUUACAAACAUCCUUUCAGCUCUGGUUGAAGUACCAACAGCAGAAAUCGCCCAGGUAGAUCUGCUGGGUGAAAAGCACAUGCAGUUUAUCCUUGACGUCAAUAACCACGGUCUUGUCCCCGAGGCUGUUAAUGAAUGCAUUCACACCAGAGUCCAUGAACGCGGCAUGAUGCAUCCUGAUUCUCCAGCGAUCCAUUCGUGGGAUGCAACUUUGACUUAUGGGGAACUCGAUCGAUUGGCUUCCAAGUUGGCUACCCAUCUCGUCAGUCUGGGUGUGAAAUUAGAGGUUGCUGUACCACUGUGCUUUGACAAAUCCGCGUGGGCUGUUGUCUCAAUGCUGGCCGUGCUGAAGGCAGGCGGCUGCUAUGUCUCCACGAGCCCUUCCCAUCCGGUCCAGCAUCUCGCUAGCAUCAUUGCGCAGACAAAGGCUCGUACCGUUCUUGUUGGCUCUGCGGAAUUUGGUAAUAAGGUGCGACCAUUUGUCGAUCAAGUCGUCCUCGUCAAUACCUCGCUCCUCGCAGAGUUACCCUCCGCCGACCUACAAAUCUUGCCUUGUGUUUCGCCAGACAAUGCAGCCAUGAUCAACUUCACCUCUGGAAGCACGGGCAAACCUAAGGGUAUUGUAGUCCUCCACAAGGGAAUCAGCACCAUGAUGGAUCACCACGACCUACACAUCGGGCCCUUCACUCGCACUCUGCAGUUCUCUGCGUACACGUUCGACACCAGCAACAGUGAAAUUUUCAUCACUCUCUGCAAAGGUGGCUGUGUCUGUGUACCAUCUGAACACGAGCGCCUGAAUGACCUAGCCGGUGCAAUGAACCGCCUCGGAAUAACUCAUGCCGUGUUGACACCGUCCGUCGCAUUGUUCCUGUCGGCCGAAGAAGUGCCGGCGCUCGAAAUGCUCGGGUUGAUCGGCGAGGCGGUCCCUGAUGAUCUCGCGCGGAAAUGGCAAGAGAAGGUGUGUUUGAUCAAUUCCUAUGGACCCGCCGAAACCUCGGUCAUGGCCUCGCGGACUGUUCUGCGUGAGGGUGUCGCGGCUGCGAAUAUAGGCAAGGGCGAUGGAUGCCUACUCUGGGUGACGGAACCAGACAACUGCGACCGUCUGGUACCGGUUGGUUGCGUCGGAGAGCUCCUGAUCGAAGGGCCGCUCGUGACAAGAGGAUAUCUGGAUCUGGAGCUGACCGCGAAAGCAUUUAUCCCGAUGCCCAGAUGGCGCAACCGGGUCGAUCCAGAGGCAAGAAUGUAUAAAACUGGCGAUCUGGUCAAGUAUGUAGCCGAUGGGAGUCUCGUCUACAUGGGCCGCAAGGACAGCCAGAUCAAGCUUAACGGGCAGCGUGUGGAAAUGGGCGAGAUUGAAAGCACGAUAAUGAACAAUGCCUUGGUUAAACAAUGCGUUGUUCUUCUGCCAAAAGCUGGACAUUGCAAGAAGAAGCUCACCGUCGUCGCUGUGCUGGAAGAGACCGCAUAUGAUGACCCCUUGGCGGCCAUCGGCCCUCUCAGCAGCCCAGAGGAUAAAGACAAGGCCACGACUUUGGUUGAACGGAUUAAAGACGACUUAUCCCUACUGCUGCCGCUCUAUAUGGUACCUUCCGUCUGGCUCGUGACUCCCAGCUUUCCCUUUACCCCGUCGCGAAAGGUGGAUCGCCCGUCUAUCUCACGCUGGGUCGACACCAUGAAUCAUGAGACAUACGUGCAGGCAAUUGCAGAAGGGCCUGCUGAAGUUAAUGAAUCUACUGGUGAAUUUGAAGCCCUGAGACAGAUUGUGGCUCGCGUACUUAACCUCCCCGUCGGCCAAGUCUCCCUCAACCGGUCAUUUCUUAGCCUGGGCGGAGACUCGAUUACGGCCAUGCAGCUUGUCGUACAGUGUCGGAACGAGGGUCUCCAGGUUCUGUUCAAGGACGUUAUGCGCAGUCGCACCAUUGGGGCAUUAGCGGAAUGCGCUCAGAGCAUAGACUCAAGUCGGGCAUCGAAUGGUAUCGCUGAGAAGCUCGACACUCCCUUCGGACUAACCCCAAUCCAGCAGCUGUACUUCUCAGAAAUCGUCAAGGGCAGUACUGGUUCGCUUUCCAGUCAGUUUAACCAGAGCUUCUUGCUCCGUUUUGUCCGCGACGUCUCCAUUGAACAGAUUCGAUCUGCCGUCGACCAAGUCGUCCGACGUCAUUCCAUGCUUCGCGCCCGAUUCCGCCAGUCGCAUUCGGGCGAAUGGUCCCAGAUAAUUCCAAGUCAAGCCUCUGGGUCAUACCGUUUCAGAGAGCACGCCGUUGACUCAGAGGAGGAGGCUAAAGGUGUUGCAUUGCGCGCUCAGGAGCAGCUGGAUGUCCAGAACGGGCCCGUCUUUACCGUGGAGCUGUUUACUACAGAAGGGAAACCGGCCAUGAUCUUCCUUGCGGCUCACCAUCUCGUGAUCGACUUGGUCUCCUGGCGCAUCCUCUUCCAGGAGCUCGAGGACAUCCUGACCGGCAAGAUCGUCAGCUUGGGCUCUGCUCCGUUCUCUUUCCAACGGUGGCAGCAACUUCAGGCUGAAUAUGCCUCGGAAUACCUGCACCCCAGACGCUCGUUGCCUUAUGAGAUUCCCGCAGCGGAUUACGCCUUCUGGGGAAUGCAAGAUGUUCCCAAUUUCCACCAAGAUACCGUUCAGCUUUCGGCGACUAUAGGCUCAAAGGAAACAGCGCUUCUCCUAACGCAUUGCCACACAGCAAUGAGGACGGAACCGCUUGAUGUCCUCCUUUCUGCCCUUCUUUCCUCCUUCACUCGUGCCUUCAACCGCGCGCCACCGGCUAUUUUCAAUGAAGGCCACGGGCGUCAACCCAUCAUGGACGGGCCACUUUCUGAUGUGGAUCUGUCGGACACGGUGGGAUGGUUCACGACCAUAUUUCCCUUGUUUGUCCCUGCGGGUCCAUGCAGCAAUGCACUAGACACUGUCCGCCGGGUCAAAGAUCAACGGCGGCAGCUUCCAGCUGGCGGAUGGUCUUACUUCACCUCCAAAUAUCACAACGAAGACGGAUCCAGAGCCUUCGCUGACCACCUGCCCGUGGAAGUCUUGUUUAAUUACCUAGGCCUGUAUCAAGGCCUCGAACGCGCAGAUGGUGUCUUCCAGCGAAUCCCAUUCAACGAAGGCGACGUUGGGCCGGCAGUGCGACGCUACGCUCUGUUCGAGAUCAACGUCUACGUAGUAGAUGGAUCAGCCCAUAUUACUGUUGCCUUCAACCAGAAAAUGCACCAUCGUGAAAGAAUUGAAGCCUGGCUCGACUUCUACACACAGGAACUGGUUGAGGUUAGCCAACAGUUGGCCAAUACUGAGGUUACUCUGACUCUAAGUGAUUAUCCGCUACUACCAAUUUCGUAUGAUCGCCUGGAUAGGCUUCAAAACGACGAACUUCCGCAGCUGGGUUAUGCCAUUGACGCCAUCGAGGACAUCUACCCCUGCUCACCUCUCCAAGAAGGUAUUCUCCUCAGUCAGGCCCGUCUUGAAGGUGCAGGUGCUUAUCUCUACCACGCCAUCUUGCGCAUGAACUCUGUGGACCCCGAUCCUCACCGGCUGCUGUCUGCCUGGCAACAGGUCAUCGAUCGGCACAGCAUUCUUCGCACUGUUUUCCUGAAAGGCAUCUCUGAUCGACCGUUCGAUCAAAUGGUUUUGCGACGCCAUCAGGCCAAGUCGCUCGUCCUGGAUAAUGCCACUUCUGACACAGACGCUGUGGAGAUGCUUCGCCAGCUAAGACCAUUGCCGGCCGUCUCGAAUGAACCACCACAUCGACUCGCGGUAGUGCAAACCACCGAUGGAACCGUCUUUUUCAGACUAGACAUUAAUCACGCCCUUAUUGACGGAACCGCGAUGUCAGUUCUCAUCCACGAUCUUGUUUCUGCUUACGUUGGUCGGGUUGCUCCGCCCCGAGCGAUGAAUUAUAGCGAAUAUAUUUCCUACAUCCAAUCCCAGGAUUCAGCCGAAGCUCUCGCUUUUUGGGCUGAUCACCUGAAAGACGUACAGCCGUGCAGCUUUCCACCGUUGAUCGCGACCGAAGUUGAGAGCGAGGUCCAAGAGGUCCAAGAAAUCCCAGUUCUAGUGCCUGAUGUUGCACGGGUACGCCGUUUCUGCCAGCAACAUGACGUUACUCUGGCGAAUAUCAUGAGACUGGCUUGGGCGCUCGUUCUAUCUUCUUACACAGGAGAGGAGAAAGUCUCCUUCGGCUACCUUACUGCAGGCCGGGAGAUCCCGGUGCCUGGCAUCGAGCACGCAGUGGGCCCAUUCAUCAAUAUGCUGGUCUGCGCAAUGGAUUUGACCAUGGACCGGAUAAGACGGAAGACGGUAGUUGAACAGCUGAGGGAACUGCAAGAAGAGUAUCUCCGAAUCCUUCCAUACCAACAUGUUGGUCUCGCUGAAAUUCAGCAUCAUCUUGGAUUUUCUAGCCAGUCGCUGUUCAACACCGUGGUGAGUUUCCAACGGCGUGACGUGGAGAACCUACAAAUGGAGGACGUACGGCUCAGUUAUGUUGAGGGCGAGGAUCCGACUGAGUAUGACAUUACGGUAAAUGUUACAGACAAUGAUCGCGGAUUUACCAUCCAUCUGGGCUACUUGACAUCACGGCUUUCCCCAUUCCAUGCGGCCAAUGUCUCUGACGCACUCUCAGCAGCUCUCUCGUCAAUUGUUGGAUCCAACUCUGAUUCUACCUUGGACACAACCAGCCUCUUCGGGUCCCAUCAUCAAAACCUGGUCUCAGAAUGGAAUACCACUCUUCCACCCACCAUCAACGAAUGCAUUCAUGCUUUGUUUGAGCGUAGCGUCUCAUCCAGUCCCGGUGCGCCUGCAAUUGCCUCAUGGGACGGAAACAUGUCCUACGCUCAACUUGACCACCAUGCAAGUCAGCUUGCAUGCGUGCUCUUGGACAUGAGUCUCGGGCCCGAAGACCUGAUACCCGUCUGUUUUGAGAAGUCCAUCUGGACUGUUGUUGCCAUGCUCAGUAUCCUCAAGGCCGGUGCAGGGUUUGUACCACUGGACCCCGCUCAUCCACCCGACCGACUAGCUGCAAUUAUUGCUCAGACAGGAUCUCCACUAGCUCUGGCGUCUUUAACGACAUCGAAGAAAAUUGUGGACUUGGUUCCAAGGGUCUUAAUCGUCUCGGCUUCUUCCAAUAUGUGGCUAAGGAAGGUUGGUGAGGAAUUGAUGGGUACCAGAUCCGCAUCGCCAGAAAAUAUUGCCUACACUCUGUUCACCUCCGGUAGCACAGGGGUCCCCAAAGGCGUGGUGGUGGAACAUUCGGCUGUGAGCACAAGCGUAAUCCACCAUGGUCGAGAGAUCGGGUGUAGCACCACCACGCGCAUGUACCAAUUUGCGGCGUACACUUUUGAUGCCUGCAUUCUCGAGAUCUUCACAACCCUGGCCUACGGUGGCUGCAUCUGCAUUCCAUCUGAACAGGAGAGGAUGAGCGACAUUGCCGGCUCCAUUCGUCGUCUCCAAGCCAAUACAACCUUCUUGACUCCCUCCGUCAUCCGCAUUCUCCGCCCAGACCAGGUCCCGACUUUAUCCACUGUUAUCCUUGGCGGCGAGGCCCUAGACGCAGACAACAUCCGAACAUGGGCUGCAAGAGACAACAUGCGGUUGAUGAAUGGAUAUGGCCCUACAGAGACGUGUGUGUUCUGUGUCAUGCACACCUUUGCCAGCAAAGCCCAACGUCAUGAUGUUCUGGGGCGAGCUGUUAGCUCGCGAUCGUGGAUUGUUCGUCCUACUAAUCACCACCAGCUUGCCCCUGUUGGAUCAAUUGGAGAACUACUCGUUGAAGGUGGUACCCUAGCGCGUGGAUACUUGGGCGACGUGACGAAAACUUCGCAAGUCUUCAUCACCAACCCAAAUUUCGCGUCCGGCGAUGACGAAGAAGCCCAGCCACGGCGGUUCUACAAGACUGGAGACCUGGUUCGCUACAACGUCGAUGGCACGAUCACGUAUCUUGGUCGAAAAGACACCCAGGUCAAGCUGCGCGGACAGCGAAUUGAGCUCUCUGAGAUUGAACACCAGAUUCAAAGACAACUUCCUGUGAACACACAGAUUGCGGCCGAGGUCAUCCUUCCACAUGGGGAUAAGCAGCAGGCCCUUUUAGCAGCAUUCAUCUGUCUAGAUCCGAAUCCCAAGCAGGAAAGCUUGUUUGCGGACAUGUCUCCCGAGACAUCAAAUCAACUCGGCCAGUUGAAGAGCGCGCUUGCUGGAGUUCUCCCCUCAUACAUGCAGCCAUCCCUCUUCCUGCCUACGAACUGGAUGCCGACAACGUCCGCUAAGAAGCUCGAUAGGUCGUUCUUACGCAGCCAAGGAGCCUUGAUUGCGGAAGUUGAGCUCAGGAAAUACUCGCUGCAAGAGCAAGGCAGUCGUCGAGCCCCCGGGACGGGUAUGGAACAGGAGGUGCAAAAACUGUGGAACGAGGUCCUCAAAAUUCCCCUCGACCAAAUCUAUGCCGACGACAACUUCUUUCAGAUUGGUGGGGACUCGAUCGCAGCGAUGAAGAUGGCAGCCCUUGCAGCAGAUCGUCUUGGUUUGGCGGUUGCUGAUAUCUUCCGCUAUCCGGUUCUGUCUGAUCUCGCCAGCGCCCUAUCUGCCAAAGACAAGUCACGCUCCAAAGCCACGGAGGAAGGCGAGGCAACGCAUGAAGUAGCACCGUUCGCUCUUUUCUCGGAUCGGUCUGCCUUGGCAGAUGUUGCUGCUCAGUACGGCAUUGCGCUCGAAACGAUAGACGAUGCGUACCCUUCCACUCCGCUACAGGAGGGGAUGAUGACUCUAUCGAUGCUCAACCCAGGCGCAUAUGUCCUACGUCGAGUGCUCAAGCUUGGCCCCUCCAUAGACAUUGUUCGCCUCCAAGCUGCGUGGGAAACCGUCUCGCAACAAAACCCAAUUCUCCGUACCAGGCUGGUGCCAACCUCUGACACUGGCUUGCUACAGCUGGUUAUCGGCGAAAGAAUCCAUUGGCGGAAGACCGAAACACUGGAGCAAUACCUCGUGAAGGAUAGUAAAGAAGGAAUGACACAUGGAGCCACAUUAGUGCGCUAUGGAGUCACAUUAGACGGCCACUUUGUCUUGACUGCUCACCAUGCCGUAUACGAUGGAUGGUCCCUUCCCAUGGUCUUUGACCAGGUCAAAGCGGUAUACGAACAGGGAACCUGCCCACCAACGCCCGGCUUUAAUACUUUCAUUAAGCACAUGUUACAGACUGGCGCUGAAACAACCCGGAACUUCUGGAUGAGGCAAUUGGACGGUCAAACUCCCUCCAGCUUCCCUGAACUCCCUUCCCCAACCUAUCGUCCCUCUGUCCGUGGUUCUACGCAGCACUCCUUCCCCCUGCCCUCUUCUUUCCCUUCUCAUGUCCUCAAGACCACUAUUCUUCGCGCCGCUUGGGCACUUCUCCUGUCGUUCUAUGCCGACUCCCACGACGUCAUAUUUGGUGCGACCCUCUCCGGCCGCAAUGGAAAUGUCUCAGGCAUUGACAAAAUCAUUGCUCCUCUCAUUACCACCGUGCCUGUGAGGGUCCAGCUUCCUGCAUCCAUCACGGUAGCGGCCUUCCUCCAUCAAAUUCAGCAACAGGCCACAGAUAUGAUCCCCCAUGAGCAUUACGGACUACAAAACAUCGCCAGCAUCAACAGCGCAUGCUCACGCGCGAUCGAGUUUCAAAAUCUGUUCGUCAUUCAACCUCUAAGUGAUGCCGCCACUACUCAGGGUUCUUUCCUCGGGUGCGAUGAAGUGGAGCUUCCUUUGAAGGAUUUCGAUAGCUACCCUCUUAUAGUGGAAUGCUACCUUGGCGAUGAUAGGGUGCAUGUUGAAACACGAUAUGAUGAGGCGAUUCUCACGACAUGGCAAGUCCGCAAUAUUCUGUACCAUUUCGAAUGUCUGGUCAAUCAGCUUACUGCCCGCGACAACGAAACCCGGGUUCUCGGAGAGAUCCAUAUGUUCGGUGACAAGGACCGAGAACAGGUGAUACAAUGGAACCGACAGUAUCCUGAAAUCGUUGAAUCCACAGUUCCACGGAUCUUCGCAGAGCAGGUCGUCCAGCGGCCACAGGCUCUCGCUGUCGAUGCCUGGGAUGGUCAACUUACCUACGACGAGCUUGAUCACUAUUCCACAAUUCUGGCCAAGCACCUCCAUUACCUUGGUGUCGGUCCUGAAGUGCUAGUCCCCAUGUGCUUUGAUAAAUCACGUUGGGCAGUUGUUACGCAAAUGGCUGUAAUGAAGGCAGGCGGCGCUUGCGUCAAUCUCGAUCCAAAGCACCCUCUGGCUCGAUUGGAGACUAUCGUCAAGGAUUCAAAGGCGCCGAUUCUUCUUUGUGCUCCUCAGCAUGCUGGGAUUCUGGGGGGCGAAACUUCCAUCCACCAAGUCAUCGUGUCCGAGGAUUUCAUUCAGCAGCUCGAAUCCUCUGCUGAAAUGCUGAAAGUGACUCUUCCUGAGUUGCAUCCACGGAAUGCCGCAUACGUUCUUUUCACCUCCGGUAGCACCGGCAAGCCCAAGGGCAUUGUGAUUGAGCAUGGCUCGCUGUGCUCUAGUUCUAAAGCCCACGGCGAGCGAUGGGGCAUUGGUCCAGAGACACGACUGCUGCAAUUCGCCGCAUAUACCUUCGACGUGAGCUGCGCUGACAUUUUUACCACUCUCCAGCGAGGCGGUUGUAUCUGCGUUCCCUCCGAGCAUGACCGCCUCAAUGCGCUCCCGGAAGCCAUCAAUCACUUUGAGUGCAACUGGGCCUUUUUGACUCCAACCGUGGCCAGUCUGCUUCCCGCGAACGACAUUCCUUCCCUACGAACUCUAGUACUCGGUGGCGAGGCAUCAACUCGUGACACGAUUGCAAAGUGGCACAAAGUCCUUGACCUCAUUGUAUGUUACGGUCCCGCUGAGACGUCCGUAUACUGUUCCGGAAUGCCCCCGGCAACUGCAAGCAGUGAUCCUGCGAACCUGGGUGCAGCCAUUGGUGCGCUAUACUGGAUAGCAAACCCGCAAAAUGUCAAUCAGUUGGCCCCCAUUGGUUGCGUUGGUGAAUUACUCCUUGAAGGCCCAACCGUCGCGAGAGAGUAUCUACAAGACCCGGAAAAGACCGCAAAUGCCUUCAUCAAAAAUCCUUCCUGGGCCGCUGCCAUGGCUCCCGCCGGUCUUAAUGUCGACAGUAGUCGUGUCUUCUACCGAACCGGCGACCUGGUCCGAUACAACGAGGACGGUACAAUCCGAUUUGCGGGCCGUAAAGAUACGCAAGUCAAGGUGCGCGGUCAACGAGUGGAACUAGGCGAAAUUGAGCACGCUAUUCGAAGCGCAUUGCCUUCCUUAGCGCAUGCGACUGUAGACUCUGUGAGAGACCCUGGUACCGAGCGUCAGCAAGUGGUUGCUUUCCUGCACUAUAGCAACCGCAGUGGUGAGGCUGAAAUCAUGGAGAUGGGCCCGGAACUGCACGAUGAGUUGCUCUGCUUGCAGCGAGCUCUCACCAAGUCCUUGCCAUCAUACAUGAUCCCUUCCCUGUUCAUUCCGUUGGCCCGAGUGCCAUUGACUAUGAACGGCAAGGCGGAUCGCAAGCAGUUACGUGAGCUCGUCCUGUCUUUAUCACCGGACGACACUUUAAAAUAUGCUCUCGGAGAUCAGGGCCGUAUCAAGGAAGAGCCCACGACGCCGACUGAGUUCCAACUGCGCGACUUGUGGGCCAAGGUUUUGCAGAUUGAGGCAGCGACCUUUGGCGCCAACGAUCAUUUCUUCAGGUCUGGAGGUGAUUCCAUAGUCGCGAUGAAGCUUGUUGGCCAGGCUCGCUUGCAGGGGUUCCAUCUCUCGGUUCAGGAUAUCUUCGAGGCCCCGAUCCUUUCGGACAUGGCUGCUCGCAUGUACACGAAGGUACAUUCCUACAACGAGGCAGCGCCCUACACGCCAUUUUCACUGGUGUCCGAUUCCAGUCUCGCGGUCAGAUUUGCAGCAGACGUCAAAACAAGUCUCGAUAACAUCGAAGAUGUCCUACCAGCCACAGAUUUCCAGGCUUCGGCUGUUACCCAUUCGAUGAUGUCUACGCGUGGUCUGGUCAACUAUCUUUUCCUCGAUGGCACAGGCAGCAUACCAUGGACCGCACAGCACAUUCAAUACGUCUGGACGCGCUUCUUGGGCGCACACCAAAUCCUCCGAACCAGAUUCACAGCACAUGAUGAUCGCUUUUACCAAGUCGUGCUCAAGGAACCAUCGCAAGAAAUUCAAUGGCACGAAACAGACAGAGAGCUUGACGUCGUGUGUGCUGAGCUUUUGCAAAGCGACAUUGCCUCGGACCUUCGCCUUGGAGCUCCCUUGACGAAGCUGAUUCUCGUCGGCAACCAAGAGCGCCACCGCGUCAUUUUGCGAAUGUCGCAUGCCCAGUACGAUGGCGUGUGUCUGCCACAGAUCUGGGAGACAUUGCAGACCGUUUUCACUAAUCAUCCAGUUUCCCCCGAAGUGUCUUUUGCUCAUUAUGCAACCGCCAUUGAAAACUCCAGCAAGACUGAAUCUCUAUCCUACUGGAGAAAGCUGCUGGCUUAUUCAAGCAUGACAAACGUGGUCGCGCACACCAAACCCGACUAUCGCAACGUCUAUGAUCUCCAUUUGACCCGCACGAUCCCCGUUCCCUCACACUCCAGCAAAGCCUUCACCUUUGCUACGAUCCUCAAAGCCGCAUGGGCAACGGUGCUGACUUCUCUCUCUGGAACAACGGACGUUGUCUUCGGCCACGUCACAUCCGGCCGCAACAUCCCCGGCUCAGACAUGGAGCGCGUCAUCGGCGCCUGCCUGAAUAUCAUUCCUGUGCGCGCCACAAUUGACGAUACAACCACUAUCCCCACUCUCCUCGGCGAAAUUCAAUCCCAGCACGUGGCCAGCAUGUCCCACGAGAGCGUUGGCAUGCGCCAGCUCGUCCGGGAAUGCAGUCCAUGGUCUCCAUCAACCCGCUUCAGCAGCAUCGUUCAGCACCAGAAUAUCGAGCAGAUCGAUACCGUCACUCUAGAUGGCAGAGAUUACGCUAUUGGCGAUUUCUGCCCGGCGGCUGAUGAGGCAGAUGUCGCGAUUAAGACUACCCCGCUGGAUGACGAGAACAUGGAGGUCCUCCUUAUUACGUCAUCGCGGGCAGUAGGGAACAGCGCUGCAACGAUUAUGCUGGACAUGCUUUGUGAGACGAUCGUGAGAUUCUGUUGUGAUCACACGGCGCCAGGAUCCAACCCACGGGUGUCGUUGGAGCGGACGCAAAGCGAGAUUACACUUCCUCUACCAGCUCCCAUUAGUGCAAUGAAUAACGGCAAUGGGGUUGGAAACGGGCAGGUCGCUAUGUCAACGCAGAGCCCCUAUCGAGACUUGGUCGAUGCCAUCUAUCACAGCUGGAGGAUUGUUCUUGGAUCCCCAGAUGUUCAACUGAGUCCCGACUCGGACUUCUUUGCUGUCGGUGGCGAUCUGGUCGCAGCGGGUCUUCUAGCGGCGUACUGGCAGCGGCAAGGUCAUGCUAUUUCGGUCGAGGAAGUAAUAGAUCGAUCGAGCGUUUGGGAGAUGGCGGAGAGCCUGACUAUACUGGUCUUAUAA